AUGACGGCCAUCACCGACUACGAUGAGAAGCUCACACGCACGCUGCCCGAUACGGCCCGCCUGGCCGUCGGCAGCUUUGUGGAAGAGUAUUCUAACCGCAUUCAGGUGCUUGGCAUGACGCCUGACGAGCAUGGUGACCCAUCCGUGUCGGUCCUUGCCGAUGCCUCGCAUCCCUACCCGGCGACCAAGCUGGGCUUCCAGCCCUCGUCUUUGUCGACGCGUGACGAGGAAAAAGGCGGCUCUGCAUUUGGGUGGUCGAGCAACACGGACCCCCGCAACGUGAGUAUCAGCAGUGCGAGCAGUGCGAGCAGUGCGGGCAGCAGCUCGGCGGCCGACAUGAGCGAGUUUGCGCACGAUGCGGUCGACAACUACCCCGAUACCGAGCUCCUUGCGAGCUCUGCCGAAUGCCUGCACAUUUGGGAGAUCCAGCGCAACGACAACAUGGCUGAAGUGUACGAAGGGUACGAGGCCAUGUCCUUGCGCGACGCCCCCGACAAACCUCGUACGCCUCCUACGCGGUUCACGCUGAAGGAAAAGUGCGCGCUCGCGCAUGCCAAGAGCUCGACGUCCCCCCCCGCCCCCCUCACGUCCUUCUCGUGGAAUGCGCCGUCGCCGAAUUUGAUUGUCACGUCGUCGAUCGACACGACGUGCACGAUCUGGGACCUUCCGACGCGGUCUGCGCUCACGCAGCUCAUUGCGCACGACCGUGAAGUGUACGAUGUAGACUGGUGUCCCGGAAGCGCCGAUGUCUUUGCGUCGGUCGGUGCCGACGGCAGUGUGCGUGUCUUUGAUCUGCGGAAUCUCGAGCACAGCACGAUUAUCUACGAGACCAACGCGCAGCAGACGCCGCCGAGCAGCCGUAAUACGGACAGCGCAUCGUACAGCUCAAAAGGCACGCUGCCGCUGCUGCGCAUUGCCUUUAACCCCUGGGACGCCAACUACCUCGCGACCUUUCACCUGGAGUCGGACAUGGUCCAGAUUCUGGACGUGCGUGCGCCGGGCAGCCCGAUCCUCGAGCUGCGUGGCCACAGCGGCCCGGUGAACUGCGUGGGCUGGGGCCCGCCGAGUCACGGCCAGAGCCGCAACGGCCCCAGCAAAGGCAUGAUCUGCACCGGGGGCGACGAUGCGCAGUGCCUCGUGUACGACAUGGCCAGUGCGACGCUCCGCUCGGCCUCGGCGCAGGGCCGCCGCUCGCGCAACAGCACUUCGGAUAGCCGCAGCAGUCCGGCGCAGGUGGAUGCGCUGCGUAUCGGCGCCGAAGUGCCUGUGCUCGCCUAUACGGCGCCGUCGAUGGUGAACAACGUGUCGUGGCUGCGCAGCCCCCUUGCCUCGCGGCGACCCGCACACGGCAAGCACCACAGUUUCUACCGGAAUCUACUCCACGAGUGGACGGACUACACGUCGCCCUCAGGGCAAGGAACCGGCAACGCCGACUGGCUCGCGCUCUGCGCCGGAAAGGCCGUCAAGAUGCUCCGUGUGUAA